AUGUCAGCUGUUGAUACUGAUGGUUUCAUAACUGUUACAACGAGAACAAAAAAAAAAAAACAUCCCAAUAGCCUUUCAAAAAUUAACUACAAUCAUGGCGACUAUAUAACGGAAAAGAUAAUUGAAUACAGAAAAACCAUUUUAAAAUCACUAAUGUUUGAACAAUUAUGCAAAUCUCUAAUCCCAUACAAAAACAAAAUCCAAUAUAUUAGAUGUUUAGCUUUAGGAAGUUUUCAUCAGGAUAUACAUGCCAGAUACCAACUUGCUUUGCUUUUAGAACUAAUAGAUUAUUUCCUUGAAGCCCCAGGUAGUGUGCAGGACACUAGUAAUAUUAAAACACUUUAUAUUUCAAUCUACGAUCCUGUUUUCACCGAUGAAGAUAAAAAAUAUAUCAAAAAUUUGGGUACAACACAAACUCGUAACAACAUCAAGUUACAAUACUGGACAAUUAAUAAAUUAAACCCUUGGUUAGAUGUUCCUGCAUAUACAAAUAACGAUAACAUAAAUCUAUUUUUCCUACCACAUGCAGAUCUAGAUCUAACAGAAAGUGUAUUCAAACUGGAAUUUCCAAUGUUAUUUUUAGCAAAUAACCUAUUAGUCCAUACUGACCGCUUUACUCAAAAAGCCCUUUUUGAGACUUUCCCGGUAAUAAGUAAGGCGGUUCAAUAUCUACCCCAAAAAAAAAAUGAUAAAACAAAAAAUACCGCUAAUAAAUGUAAUAAUGAUCAUGAUGGCUUUGUAAUGGUACAGCAUACAAAGAACAAUAAUCGCAAUGUACGUGCUAAAUCUCGGCGUCAGUCACAAGAAAGAUUUUUAAAAAAUAAUGAAAAUCCUUCCGAAGAUCUCGAUUAUUUUUCAAUAAAUAGUGAUAUUAAUGCUUGUUCUAUACUGUGCGAUUUUGAUAAAGGUAAUUCUUUGAAGAACAUGCCAUGGAUGAACUCUUUUUCAGAUUUAUCUUUGCAUAUAUUAAGAACAGAAUAA